AUGGCGUCUCAUCAGCUCGCCAUCGCAAAGGCCUCAUUCUCCGCAGGUCUUCUACGGCCUGACCCAACCUCCUUGUCACGCGAAGACAUUGCGCACUUUCACGCCCUGCUUAACUCAGCAGUCUUGCAGUGCAGCCCCAGAAACGUCCAGAAAAGCAAGCAAUGGAUAUUGGAAAACAUUACUCAGUCUUCGGCAAGGUUCACAGCACUGGGAAAAUACGUGACGGCUUUGGCAACAUCUUUCACGGAUUCGGAAAAGCGCGAACCGUCGGUCAAGAGGAAGCGACUUCAUCUGUUGUAUCUGAUCAAUGAUAUACUCUAUCAUACGAGGUAUCGGGUCAGCGACGCGUCGAUUUGCAGCAAAGCGCAACCGAUAUUGGUGAACUUGUUUGGCAGCGCAGCAUCUUUCAAAGAUUGCCCAAAACAUCAACAAAAGCUCUUCGAUUUAUUAGAAAUAUGGGAGGAGAAAGGUUACUAUUCGAGGGAAUAUGUGGAUAAACUUCGAGAAACUGUUAAGAAUGCUUCAGAGGCGGGGGAACAUUCACAGGGAAAUGGCAGCACGUCAGAUGGGGACAAUGCUUCUACGACGAAGCUCACGAAGUCUGCACCAUAUGUAAUGCCAGCUAUGCACGGAGAUACAUCGACCCCUUGGUUUGAUUUGCCGGCUGGAAACCUUCUACAACAUAUCGAACCAAAGUCUACAAAACCUAUCAAUCCGGAUAUGAUCAAGCCCAUGCAGUUUAUUGCUGGGCCUGCGAACGAGGAGUUGGUACGGGCGGUAAAAUCUCUGCUAGACGACGUUCAGGUUAUAUACGGGACGGAAAAUCAGGAAGAUAGGAAGGCAGAUUUGGAUAUUGAUGAUCUUGGACAGUCAAUCAUAUUGGAUGAAAUCAGUGGGGAUGUUAUAGAUGGCGAAGGAUACUAUGGCUGGUCUCGAGGAUUUUGUGAGAGGAUGAAACAGAAGAAAAAGGGAUUUGGUGGACCAGAGCGUCGAGAUAGGAGUCGGAGUCGAAGCUCGAGUCCUGGAAGAAAGAGACGGUACAGCGACUCCGAUGGCCCAGGGAGUGAAGAUUACAGACCAAGUCAACGUCGACGGUCCUAUAGCCCUUCAAGAUCACCGACCCCAGAACAUCGCCGAAAUGGCCACUCGCGUCCCCUCUCUCGGUCUCAAUCGCGCACUUCCAGCCCCGCACGAGACUCCUAUUCCCGAGAACCGCGCCCUCAAUCUACCCCUCGAGAAGGCCUCCCGCUCAAGCCACCAAUGCCGAUGCCGCCUCCUUACCAACAGCAAGGCUUCAACCCAAACUUCCCGCCUCCACCACCUCUUUCCUUCAAUAGUCCCGGUCCCACGCCUUAUGGACAGUGGCCGCCUCCCCCACCACCUUCAGGCCCGCCUCCAAUGCAGUACCACCAGCCACAACAUCAGCAAAACUGGCCCAUCCCUCCUCCCCCUCCAGGCCCCCCACCACCAAACUUCCAACAACCUGGAAACUUCCCCGGUGCACCGUCGGGUCCCGGCUGGCAACAAGGAGGACGAGGCUACCCCAAUCCCAACAACGGAUGGAACAACAACAACAAUAACAACACCCAAAACCGUGGUGGCUACAGAGGACGAGGAAAUUAUCGCGGUAACAGAGGCUGGUCUUGA